GAUGUGAGGGACUCUGGUUGCGAUGGAUGCUCAGUUUUAAGUAAAGCGCAGCGUGCAACUCAUCAGAGAAUCUUUGAGGAGAUUCAGCCCGGAGCCCCCUCCCUCUCCUCUCUCUGUCUCAGCUUACAUUUUUUUUUCUCUCUCUCUCUCUCUCUCUCUCUCGCUCGCGCUCUCUCGCUCUCGCUCUCUCUCUCUCUCCUCCACAUGCACAUACACGCACACACGCUCAGCCUUCGGUGCUGCAGUGGAUCAGACGCAGAGCUCUCCGCGGAAAAUCGUCUCAUCUGUUGGAAUACGGCCGCGUUUUAAAGGGGGGCGGGCGGGAUGCUUCCUGCUAAUGUCCGCUGUCCGGGCUCUCCGUUCACUGCCCGGUUGUCUUUGCGGUUAUUAUUAUUAUAAUUUUAGCCGUGCACUCAUCUGACCCGGUUAACGUGUCCCGCGCGGACUCCGCUGUCUGAUUUUCUUUUGUUGAUUUUUUUUUUUUUGCAGCGUGAAGGCUCGCGAGGAGGGACGCGCGCGCUCCGAUGUCCAUGAUCGAUAGCGAGCACAAAGCGAUUCUUUCGUUCGGCAUUGCGUAGAUUAGAUGUUGGAUUAUGGGCUGGAUUGGACGUCUGAAACUCUUCAGUAGGGUUCAGUUUGAACUGUGUGUGACUUCGCCCCCCCCCCCACCCUCCAAAAGAAAUAUAAAUCCACUAUGCCAUGAAUAAUUAACCAAGCCGUAUGCUAAAUUACACGCCGACCCAAUUAAUUAAUUACCAGAUUCGCUAAACACUCGCAAUUAAAAGUAAACAGCUCGAGCUCCGACCAGUUUGCAGGAGCCGGACACGUGUUGAGCUCGCUUGCGUUUUUAGUUUCCAAAAGAGAAUCGCGCACGCUGUGACCGGAGAACGGCUCCGGCUCAGCUCACCUGGAACCAUGGUGGAGGUCCGCAGAAGUCCCCCGCCGGCAAGAAGAAGCUGUACAUCGGCGCGCUGUUCCCCAUGAGCGGGGGCUGGCACGGGGGCCAGGCGUGCAUGCCCUCCGCUCAGAUGGCCCUGGAUCUGGUGAACAACAGGAGCGACAUCCUGCCCGACUACGAGCUGGAGCUCAUCCACUACGACAGCAUGUGUGACCCCGGGGAGGCCACCAAGUUGCUGUAUGACCUUCUGUACACCGAGCCCAUCAAGAUCGUGCUGCUGCCCGGCUGCAGCGGCGUCUCCACGCUGGUGGCCGAAGCCGCUCGCAUGUGGAACCUCAUCGUGCUGUCCUACGGCUCCAGCUCGCCGGCCCUGUCCAACCGCCAGCGCUUCCCCACCUUUUUCCGCACGCACCCCUCCGCCACCCUUCACAACCCCACCCGGGUGCAGCUCUUCCAGAAGUGGAAGUGGACCCGCAUCGCCACCAUCCAGCAGACCACCGAAGUCUUCACCUCGACUCUAGACGAUCUGGAGGAAAGGACGAAGGAGGCGGGCAUCGAGAUCAGCGUUCGCCAGAGUUUCCUCACCGACCCGGCUGUCGCUGUCAAGAACCUCAAGCGCCAAGACGCAAGGAUCAUCGUGGGGCUCUUUUAUGAGACGGAGGCCAGGAAGGUGUUUUGUGAGGUUUUCAAGGAGAAGCUCUACGGGAAGAAGUACGUGUGGUUCCUGAUUGGCUGGUACGCGGACAACUGGUUCAAGAUCAAAGACCCGGCGAUCAACUGCACCGUGGAGAACAUGACGGAGGCCGUGGAGGGUCACGUGACCACCGAGAUUGUCAUGCUGAACCCGGAGACGGUCCGCGGCGUCUCCAACAUGACGUCGCAGGAGUUUAUCGCCGCCCUGAUGUCCCGCCUCGGGGGGAAGAAUCCGGAGGAGACCGGCGGGUUCCAGGAGGCGCCGCUGGCCUACGACGCGGUGUGGGCUCUGGCUCUCGCCCUCAACAAGACCGUGGCGCCGCUGAAGGCCAAGGGCCGCCGACUGGAGGAUUUCAAUUACAACAACCACGACAUCACCUCGGAGAUCUACAGGGCCCUCAACACCAGCUCCUUCGAGGGCGUUUCGGGCCAAGUGGUGUUCGACGCCCAGGGAUCCAGGAUGGCAAUGACUCUUAUCGAGCAACUGCAAGGAGGCAGUUACAAGAAGAUCGGUUACUACGACAGCUCUCAGAAGAACCUCUCCUGGUUCGGCAAUGACGUCUGGAUAGGCGCCGGGCCCCCCGCCGACCGGACCGUGGUCAUCGAAGUGUACCGCUUUCUGUCCCAGAAGCUGUUUGCAGCCGUGUCCGUCUUCGCCGGCCUCGGCAUCCUGUUCGGCAUCGUCUGCCUCACCUUCAACAUCUACAACGGCAACGUCCGCUACAUCCAGAACUCUCAGCCCUACCUGAACAACAUGACGGCCGUGGGCUGCAUGAUGGCGCUGGCCGCCGUGUUCCCGCUGGGGAUCGACGGCCACCACGUCCACAGGUCUCAGUUCCCCGUCGUCUGCCAGUUCCGCCUGUGGCUCCUCGGCCUCGGCUUCAGCCUGGCGUACGGAAGCAUGUUCACCAAGAUCUGGUGGGUCCACACCCUCUUCACAAAGAAGGACGAAAAGAAGGAGAAGAAGAAGCAACACUUGGAGCCGUGGAAACUCUACGCAACAGUUGGGGUGCUGCUGGCCAUCGACUUCCUGUCACUCAUGAUCUGGCAGAUCGUGGAUCCUCUGCACAUCACGGUGGAGAAGUUCACUAAGGAGGCCCCUAAAGAAGAUCUGGAUGUCCUGAUUCAGCCGUUGCUGGAGCACUGCAGCUCCGAGAAGAUGAACACGUGGCUCGGGGUGGUUUAUGGCUACAAGGGUCUGCUGCUGCUGCUGGGAAUAUUUCUGGCUUACGAGACAAAGUCUGUCUCCACCGAAAAGAUCAACGACCACCGGGCCGUGGGGAUGGCUAUUUACAACGUCGCUGUGCUGUGUCUGAUCACGGCUCCGGUGACCAUGAUCCUGUCGUCGCAGCAGGACGCCUCCUUCGCCUUUGCCGCCCUGGCGGCCGUCUUCUCGGCCUACAUCACCCUGGUGGUGCUCUUCGUACCCAAGAUGCGGCGCCUCAUCACGCGCGGCGAGUGGCAGUCGGAGCAGCAGGACACCCUGAAGACCGGCUCGUCCACCAACAACAACGACGAGGAGAAGUCCCGGCAGCUGGAGAGGGAGAACAGGGAGCUGCAGAAGAUCAUCCAGGAGAAAGAGGAGAGGGUAUCGGCGCUCCGCAGCCAGCUGGCCGAGCGCCAGGCCCUGCGCAACCGCCGCCAGCCGUCCUCGGGCCAGAACCAGAACCACGGCGCCCCGCCGCCCUCCAUCCAGCCGGAUCCCAAGUCUCUGCUGCCCCCGCCGGGCUACCCCAACCCCACCGCGGACAAUCACCCCCUGCCGCCCUCCUUCUCCAACUCCUCCAGCCUCUACCCGGCCGACAGCAAGAUGAGCCGCAACCACUGUCACAACAGCCAGAUCCCGCUGCUGUACAAAUAGAGAGGCGGGGCAUGGGGUCGGGGGGGGG